UUGUCUAGUAGUAGUGGCAACACCUUUUUAAAACAAAUCAACCAAGAAAGUUUAUUUUACUCAAUCUUUACAAGUUUUUAUUAAUUUAAAAUAAACUAGGAAAUAUUAAUAAAAUAUAAUGAUUUCUACCAGUACUUCAGACUUUAUUAAAAUCAAUAUAACAAAUUCCAAGACGGAUAAUAUUGCAUUUGAUAUUAAAUUUCCGAAAUCAAUGACAGUUGGUGAACUAAAGAAUAAAUUGCAAAUUAUUACUGGUGGUAAUGCCGGCACAAUGGUGGUUGAACUAAUGAAAGGUGACCAAUUAAUGACGUCACUCGCAGACGAUUCCAUGAUGUUGGGUGCAUUGCCCAUAGAACCAGGCAUGAGAUUUCAUGUCAAAGAUAACUUCUGUUGGGAUUUAAGUGAUGAACCGGUGGAAAAGUUUGUUUUGGCCGAGUCAGAAUAUGAUCAGAAAGAAAAUACGGUUAGAAGUUUCCUGAAACGCAACCGCAUGGGCAAGUACAACGAAGAGGAACAACAACGAGAAGACGCCAAACGCAAGGAGAAGGAAGAACUGGAAAAACAGAAGGCUGCUUUAUGCACAGUAGGUUCGCGCUGUCAGGUUACAGUUAAAGGUUGUCCCACCCGUCGUGGCACAAUCAUGUACAAUGGGCCUUUGGAGGGUAAAUCUGCUAUAUUUAUCGGAGUUAAAUAUGAUGAACCAUUAGGCAAGAAUGAUGGUUCAGUGCAGGGUCAUCGCUAUUUUACUUGUCCACCCAAUUACGGUGGCUUUGUUUCGCCACUUGCCGUAGAAGUUGGUGAUUUUCCUGAGGAAGAUUUUAACUUAGAAGAUGAAAUCUAAAUCCAUGGUAUAGAUCUAUAUGAAAAUCUUUGGAGACACAAAAUAAAUCUCAGUUGAUAGAAAUAUGCAUACAUACUAUACUUGUCGUAUAGAAUACUUUUUUGUUAUAAUAAAAGAAGAAACAAAAAAAGGAAACG